UUCCCAAGGUCACGUGCCGUGUCUAGUAUUUGCGUCAUGUAAAAAGCAUUGGUUAGAUAGGCGUUUGAUUAGAAGUUUCCAUUCUGUACCUAUUCUGUGAUACCGGAUACCGGAAGCCACACACUGGCGCUCGUCGUCAUUUGCCUUCACUGGGCCAACAUGUGGAUGCGGCAUAAGAUGUAAACAUAACCUUAGAAUUUUUGUGAGAAAUUUAGAAACCUCAAACAAAAGAAUGUUUUCUGAAGAGUUGAAAAACUCUAAAAUUUAUUAGUAUAUUUUGAUUUGCUAUCAGGAAUUUAAAUUUUCUUAAUCCAAAUCAUGAUGAGAAGGCUAUUAGCUAAAUUUAAUUCACUCUAUCAAGAAAAUCUUAUGGUAGUAAAAUGUUUGACCCGAGUUACUCCCAAGUUUAAAAUUAUUCAAUCUAGGAGAAAUGUUCACUUUAUUAUAUUACAUUCUUUAAAAAGUGUACCUUUGUUAACUAAUCAUAAGCCUGUCUAUUCAGUCGACAUUGCUCAACGGAAUUAUUCUACGAAGAAAAUUAAUCGUAACGCCAAUGAAGAAGAAAGCGAUAGUGAUGAAGAUGAUGAUCUAUUGGACAAGUUUGAUAAAACUUCGAAAGUGAUUAAAACAAGUGUCACUUCUAUGAGAUUGGAUGCGUUGAUUAAGAGUGGACUUGCACUUUCAAGAAACAAAAUCGACAAUUUGUUCUAUGAAGGUAGACUACGUCUGAACGGAUCUAAAAUCACAAAGAAAAGCCAGAGAUUGAAUGUUGGCGAUGAAGUGGACAUUAUCAAAGGACUGAACCCCAACAAUGACAACUUGUUGAAUAUCUCUCGCAUAGAAAUCCUGUCCGCUGCUGCGGAUGAAGAUGAAGAUGCUAUCAAUGUGAAAAUAAGAAGAAUCAAACAACUCAGUGUUGAGAACUAUGAGAAACACCCUUGGGUUGAAGUGACUCAAUAAGUAUCAAACAAAUAGUUUUCUUGUUCUAGUUUAAAUGUUCUGUACAUAACAAAGUAAAUUCAUUGGAUUGAAUAACAUAUUGUGAAUGACGCUGAAGGUUUUGCAUGCUAUUGUAUAUUUAUACUGUAUUUAGAUUUGCGUCAA